CAAAUGGAGCAAUGACAAACAAUUUCAUAUUCUCUUCAUCUCAAACAACAUUUCAUCUUGUGUCCCAUUCUCAAAAAAACGCCCUUUGGAGUUGGCCCAUAAUUCCCACUGUGACAAACUUUGAUUUAAGCUCUUCUGCCCCCUAGAGGACACUUCAUGAUUUAAAAACAACAACAACAAUGACUUUAAAGGAACACACCCAGAUUUUGGGAAUUUAGCUUAUUCACUGUAUCCCCCAGAGUUAGAUAAGUCUAUACAUACCUUUCUCAUCUCUGUGCGUGCUGUAACUCUGUCUGACGCAGCCCCCGCUAGCUUAGCUUAGCACAAAGACUGGAAGUGAAUGGCUCCAGCUAGCAAACUGCUCCCAAUAAGUGACAAAAUAAUGGGAACAUUUUCCUAUUUCUGUGUUGUGAUUUGUAUAGUCACACCGUGUACAAAUAACAAGGUGAUAUGAGACACAGCCAUCUUUUAACAGUAUACAUACUGGGAACUAUAUUCUCUGAAGACGAAGCACUGCUACAUGGGCGGAGUGAUUUGCACAACUCUGACCGAACUCUCUGCUCCUCACCAGGGGCUUCUCGGGUGCUGCGAGCAAAUCACUCCACCCAAGUUUUCCAUCGUUUUUAUCAGAACAAAGAAAUUUAUACAUGUUUGACAGAAUUUGAUAAUGACUGAAUUUUCAUGUUUGGUUGAACUAUCCCUAUAAGCAUUUUUUUCCAAAUGGACAUCAUUUAUUACUUAUCUUAGUAAGAUGAUGAUGAUGAUGACAAGAUUCUGUUUCAAUAAAUGAACCUCUUACAAGGCUUUUCAGAUUAUUUUAGGACUUUUUUAAGAUUUGUGACCGAUGCUUGACACAGUGACUACGUUUAAUCAUGAGAGGGUUUAAAAAAUGAAGUUUAAAUGUAAAUAUAUUCUUGUGUUACUGUAUAUGGAGUUAUUUAUACAGAAAUGUUCCUAUGAUGAUGUGUAACUUUGUGUUUUCUUUAGGCGAUGACCUUAUUGAGCUGAUUCAUUUGAUGAUGGAUGCAGGGAACACAAGCAUCAGCAGAAACGUCUCAGAUCUCCACCUGGUCACACACAGUCUAUGGGAAGUGGUCACCAUAGCGACCGUAUCCGCCAUCGUCAGCUUCGUUACGAUUGUUGGAAAUGUCCUGGUGAUGUUGUCUUUUAAGGUUAACAGCCAGCUGAAGACAGUUAACAACUACUAUCUGCUGAGCUUGGCCUUCGCAGACCUCAUCAUCGGCAUUUUCUCCAUGAACUUCUACACCUCUUACAUUCUGAUGGGUUACUGGGCUCUCGGUAGUUUAGCUUGUGAUCUGUGGUUGGCUCUGGAUUACGUGGCCAGCAACGCUUCCGUGAUGAACUUACUGGUCAUAAGUUUCGAUCGAUACUUUUCCAUUACGAGACCGUUGACGUAUCGAGCCAAGCGAACGCCCAAGCGAGCGGGCGUCAUGAUCGGUCUGGCUUGGCUGGUGUCGUUGGUUCUUUGGGCUCCUCCUAUCCUGUGCUGGCAGUACUUUGUAGGUAAGAGAACGGUGCCUGAUAGACAGUGUCAGAUCCAGUUCUUCUCUGAACCCAUCAUCACUUUCGGUACGGCACUAGCAGCUUUCUACAUCCCCGUGUCCGUCAUGACCAUCUUGUACUGUCGGAUAUAUAAAGAAACCGAGAGGCGCACUAAAGACCUGGCUGAGCUUCGGGGCAUGGACUCCUCCAGGUCCUCCUCCCAUCACCCGGUGCCCAAACCGACCACCGCAUCCCAGGACGAGCGCUCAAAAACCGACCGACUCGCCAACUUCAACAGCUACGGCUCCUCUGAAGACGACGAGCGCUCGGUUUACAAACAACAGGAGAGUAACGAGACCGAACCCACCGGCAGCUACAAUAAAGAUCUUUGCGUCUUCUCUCCCUCAGUCAAAGAAAGAAGCAAGAAAGGUGUUUCUUACAAGUUUAAAACGGUUUCGAAGAACGACAGUCCGCAGCAGAACGCCAUCGGUGACACGAAAGCCGGGACCUCGUCCUUCUCAUCCGCCGAGUCUGUGAACGCGUCUUCCUCGCCUUCUUCCUCCAAGCCCACACCGAAAAGCCAGAUGAUGACUAAGAGGAAGAGGAUGGUGCUGAUCAAAGAGAGGAAGGCCGCACAGACUCUGAGCGCUAUAUUACUGGCGUUCAUACUGACGUGGACGCCCUACAACAUCAUGGUGCUCGUCUCCACCUUCUGCUCCGACUGCAUCCCGCUGGCACUCUGGCAUCUGGGAUACUGGCUGUGUUAUGUCAACAGUACAGUGAAUCCCAUGUGUUACGCUCUCUGUAAUAAAACCUUUCAGAAGACCUUCAGGACUCUGCUCUCGUGUCAGUGGAGGAAGAGAAGAGUCGAGGAGAAACUUUACUGGUGUGGACAAAACCCUGCAGUUAGCAACAACAAGUUAACCUGACUGACAAGAACACUUUAGAUCAGGGUUCCUGGAGAUCAACCCUCCUGCAUAGUUUAGUUCAACACACCUGACUUUAAUUUGUUAGGUAUGGAAAUGCUUGACUACCAGGUUCAGGUGUGUUUGAUCGGGGUUGGACAGUAGAUCUCCAGGAACAGGGUUGGUGACCACUGGUUUAGAUGAAUACAACACCUCUAUUGAUUGAGUUUCAUGUCUACCGAACAAACACACCAUCAUAUUUUUGGGUCUGUGAUGAUUUGUGCCUACUGUUGAGUUUGCUGUCACAUUAUGUGCCAUUACUGAGACUGAGCUUUAAAACAACAGAAAAACAGAAACUUCACACCAGUGUCCUGAAGAUGUCAUCAAGUCUCUGGAGAAACUGCUGUGUUUCAUGUUAUUUACUGAUGUUAAAAUGACCCCAUGAUUUACUCACACUUUACUCAAGCCAUCCUCCAUGUACAUGAUUAUUUUCACUCACACGCACACAAUUAAAGUUAUAUUAAAAAGUUAUCUCCUUGCUCUUCCGAGCUUUAUAACCUUAUAGUAAAAAGGGAACAACUUCUGACUUGGAAUCCCAAAAAAGUGCAUCCAUCCUUCCAUGCAGUUUUGUAAGAAAAAUAUUCAACUUUAUCAACUAUAAUAACUAGCUUCCCUAGCAGCCAAGCUGCAUUCACCAGAGUUUCGGUGUAGGACGCCUGCUAUCAGAAACGGGUUAUUAUAAUUUAUAAAGAUUUAAAUAUGGAUAUUUUCUUACAAAACCGCAUCGAUUACCCUCAAAAAGGCUUUAUUAACCCACUUGAGAUGUGUGGAUUCAGUUUUUGGCCUUCAAAGUGAGAAGUUGUUCCCUGAUUGCUGUUUACUACGAUUAUAAAGCUUGGAAGAGCAAGAUGAUUUUUAAUAUAACUUUAAUUGUGUG